UAGCAACACGAGUGGCGGCGUUAACGACGGUGUGAGGGCUUAGUGUCUAAGGUGGAAGUGUUGGAACUUUAGGCCUACGUUGAGAUAAGGCUGUUAUCCCUUCAAUUUGUCAGGAUUGGAUUCCGUAACCUGUCAAAAUGACCACAAUUUCAACUGGAGGGGGGCCUUCAUUGGAGCAAAGGAGAGCGUUUGCUGGCCUCAAGGAUGGCUCCGAAGUUCCAGGGUACCGCGGCUACAUACCACAGAUCAAAUACAGAGUGGGAGGCACAUAUGGAAAUGACACCUGCGGCCUAAGCAAGAGCGUCGCUAUGUGUUCGGGAACACGUACGGAGACGAGACCCGCUCACUGGAGGUGUGUGCUCACCCAGAGGGAAACUUCGGCAAGUUCCAGCGCUCACGGACCACCGCUCUCUGAGUCCUGAUGACGUCACUCCAACAUCUCAUCUCUGCUCUGGACGUCGGCGACAAUAAUACAGUUAUUAUUCUGAUGGGAACGUUUCGUAUUUGAUCAUUUUUUAAAGAACAUAAUAUUGGUCUAUUGACCUUCUAUAGAACAUCAUAAUAAUAUUUCGACUUUUUUCAGUAUUCUUAGUAUUAAGAAUGCGUUGACCAAAAAAAGAAGUGUGUGUCAUUUCUAAAUAGGGUUAUAAUAUACUGAGACAUCGCAGAUGGCCUGUUGGUUUUUCUUGAAUAAAUACUUUGAUGAAUAGGAAACAACUGCAUGAAACAUCUACAUUUCCAUAACCUUCUGUCGCUGAUCAGUGCAGAGGGGCGCAUUUACAGAAUAAUAAUUAUAAUGAGUGCCUCUAUAAAUAAGAUAUCGUUUUUAUGUUUGUGCAAGUGUGUGCCCGUGUAUGUGUGCGUGAGUAUGCAUCAUAUUUGUUACAAAUUUCAAAUGUGCAUAAUACUUGUAUUAAUAUUCUUCAAGCAAUCAAUUUGAUUACCAGUUUUAUAGGGGAAACUCUGGGCUUUUGGUACAACUGAUAGCUGCGUGAGCAUAUUUCUGACUGUAGCUGUUUGAGUUUUGAAUUAACUGACCAUGUGUAUAUGAUAGUGGUCGAGUUGUUCUUGUUAGACAUUUUGGAAAUCCUUACUCUCUCUAGAGAUAGAAUUGUGGCAAAAGAGUUCAAUAAAGAUUAUGUCGUGCAUUAUCAAAGCAAACAUGAUAGAAAAGAGGAAACAUUGGGAAUACUCUGUUCAAUUUCGAUGGAGAUCAGGUUAUGAGGACAGAUCGGAAAAGAUUUAUACAGCUUGAGAGAAAAACAUUCUAUUGUCUUGCGUGAAAGAAAGAAUGAGAGAAUGAGCACUUCCUGAUAAUUGGAAUUUAACACAAUUUGCACUUAAAGCAGAGACUGUUCUCAAAAAGGAAAAGAUAAUUAUAUUUUAAAAUGUAUUUUCAUUGGGACGGUGUUAAUGUACAAAUAUGAACGUAAUCUUUUUUAUCUUUAUAUCUGAUAAGAAUGCUGCUGAUUCGUUUUAUCGUAAUUGAUAUGUAUUUGUGAGCUUUUAUUUUUUCAGAAAAUCAAAUAUUAUUUUAUUUUGUAAGCACAAACCAGGAAAUGUAAUCUGUAUGUAUUAUAUUUGUUAUGUGAGGAAGCUUUUUGCUUUGUUGUUUGUGGUUAUGUUCCUUCUGUCUCAGUAUUGUGUGCAAAAACCAGAGCCUAACCAGCACCUGUCGAUGUCUACCGUGUCGCCAGUUUGUCCAUGACAUAAGACCAUAUUUAUUACCAUUUUUUUUCACGUAUACAUAUAUCAGCUCAGUUGGCAUGAUGUCUUAUUUUGUGUAACGAAGAACUAGGUUCAUAUCCCUGCCGGAUGAUUGUGAACUGUGAUAGCCAAGACAGUUUUGAAGUCUCUGCCUUCCGAUCCCUUCGGGGCCAAAACAAAACGUUUUGGCUCAUUCUUAUUUGUUGAAGGGUCGUAAAACUCGGAAGAGGCAGGCAGAAUGGUUUCGUGUUAUCAGCAUUGCAGUCUUGCAGAAUAAUCUUCCAUUUCGAUCCAAGACAUUUUCGAUACUUAAUAUCUCCAGGGUUAAGAAGUUGUUCUUCAAACCCUGGAUCAUUAUUCUCUUUUCAUUUUUUGGUAUAUUUUUUUUCAAGGCAGGCAUUGGAAACUUGUUACUUGACAAUCAUGUAAACAUUUUUGAUCUAGGAAAUAAGCGCAAGCUUUUGCCGUUUUUUAGAGCGAUUCUAUUUUUUAUAGACACAAGAAUAAUACAUCAUUUCAUGUUUCUUUUUGUUUUUCUGUUGUUUUCAAACGGGAAGGAAACUCAAAUCAAAUAUCAUGUUCUUACUUAUCAUGCAGGCUGUGAAAGUAUUAUGUCUUUUUAUUAUUUUUUCUCCAGAAUGUGCAGAAUUUGUAUUGAUGGUUGUCAUAAUGAACAUCCCUGUGCCCGUUUCUGCCUCGCUGGUUUACAAGCGCCUGUCUGCACUCUCUCAUCAGUAUUAUUGUAUAUUAUGGACUCUUAAACUUUCAUUUAUUUUUGUUUCUGUAGCAUUAAAUGGCCAGAUUAUGGAGAAUCAAAAAAUGUUGUUUUGUUUUUAGCAACCAGAUGUGAAGUAGAAAAUAUAUUGUUAUCUUUAGUUUUGGUUUCGUUGUUUUUUAAAUUCUUCUGUUUCAGCACGGACGAAUGGUGCCUCUCUCCGCCUCCUUUCAUCCGCCAAGUGCUUCUGUACAUUCCAUAGAUCGUAGAUUGUUCUAGAUUCAGUGAUUGUUACACCUGUCUGUAUCGCGCAUUGAGGUCCUCUCAUGCCAAAAAGCUGUAUCUGUGAUUAUUAAAUCAUACUGUUUGAACACAUAACCUGCUUUCGAUGUAUUUUUGUGACCUGUGAAAUGCAAAUUUUAGUUAUCACGAAUAUGAUGUCCAUGAACCAUUAAAUAGACAUCAUCACAGAGAUAUCAUUAAUCAGUGACGUCCUAUAUAAAAUUGCGUCGAGUUACCUCAGAUGUUACCCUUCUUUGAAGGGACUAAAUUAGUAUACGACUUUCUAUAUGAAACCUCUACCCUCCAACAUCGCAUCUUAAUUUUAGUAAGACCUUAUACUAGGAGAGAAACUGAACGGUCAGAUAUUCGAAAUAUUUUAGGCAUAAGAGUAUCGAAAACUCAGUUUGUUUCAUAACGAUUUAAUUUGUAAUAUGCGACAUUUUUUCUAGAGUAUUUUUAGUGUUUGGAAGCUAUCGUGAUGUGGUUGAAGACGGAAGAUACAUCUGUACUGUUUAUGUAUAAAUUAAUAUAAAGCAUUAUAUUUGUUUUUAUCGGGUAAUGUCAACCUUACCUCAAGUUAAGUGGCACCGAAGAGUGACAGUUCCAUCUAUUUAGUUUUUUUCUGACGGAAAAGAGAACCCUCUAUUCACUAAAUAAAUUCCCCAAAAA